AUGGCUUUCCUUCCGGCUUCAAUGCUCAAGGCAUUUCUUUUUUCUUUUUUUGGAUUAUGCAUUCCCAUCUGGCAUAUCUGGAAAAAAGCGGAAAAGAAGGAGGAGGGAUUUUAUGGCAAAGCAAGACUGAUUAGCUCGCCUAAGGUAAGGGUUGUAGCGGAAGAAUUCCUCAUCUGCGAGCUAUUGGGGAUCUAUUCUCAGGAAGGAAUGAAAGGACUGGGCUGCCACCCGAAAGGACUGACUGAAUUUCAUGCUUUCAAGGAUAGGUCAUUUAACUCUCUUUCAAGAAUUCUCCUCUUUCCUCCCCUUGAACUAGUGGAAUACGCUAGUCGACGGAGGAAGGCUAGCUAUGAUAUCAGGCUCUGA